CCAAGAAUCUCUCUUUCCCUUCCCUCCCUUUCUCUCCUCCAGAUUCCCCUUCUCCCCACCACCCACACUUUUCAUCCUCUUUUAACGAUGCAUAUCGCCUUGUUCUUCGCUUUCCCCUCCCCUCUCUCCUCUCCUCUCUCUCUCUCUCUCUGCGCGCCGUCGUUUUCGUUUUUCUUGGUGAAGAUUGCUUUGAUAAUCUGGGAAAAAGCUGUAUUCUAUGGCUCCUCCUCAUCCUCCUCCAGGUGUCACUCAUAUCUCCAAUCCUUGUAUUUAUGGGGAUUUUGUUUCUUCAGAGAGGAAAUCGAGGUUUAUGAAAUGGCUCAGUAAGCUUUUUAAGGGCGGUUCUAAUCGGAGCAAUGGUGGCGGUGGUCGUCAUCAUCCUCAGUUUCUUGGCGACGAAAAUAUGGUUUGGCGGGCACCUUCUCGGUCCUUGGAUGAUAGGUCUAGAGCUGACCGGGAGAAGGAGGAAUUGGAUCGUGCCAUUGCCCUUUCUUUAACUGAAGAUAUGAAGAGACCAAAUGGAUAUGGAUGGCAAUCAAACAAUGACCAAAAUCUUCCGAGGGCACUUCAGGAUAGCUUGAAUUCAUCAUAUCCUCCUUAUGCACCAACACAUUAUUAUCCAAGAGGAUACAGUUACUACCACACUUUUCAGAUCCCUACAAAUGAAGCUGGUCUGAUUGAGUAUAGAUGCCAUCCCUAUUGGUCCCAAAAAUAUUGUCCAGCACAUGAGCUUGAUAACACUGCUCGCUGCUGCAGUUGUGAGCGACUGGAGUCUUGGAAUACAAGAUACUACUCCUUAGAAGACGGAAGAAGUUUGUGUUUAGAGUGCAUGGAAUAUGCUAUUAUGGACACUGGCGACUGCCAGCCCCUUUACCAUGCCAUAAGGGACUUCUAUGAAGGAAUGAACAUGAAACUGGAUCAACAAAUUCCCAUGCUUCUUGUUGCAAGACAAGCUCUUAAUGAAGCUAUCUUUGGAGAGAAAAAUGGCUACCAUCACAUGCCUGAGACAAGGGGCUUAUGUCUUUCUGAAGAGCAAACGGUCACAAGUGUACAAAAGAGGCCAAGGAUUGGAGGUCAUCGACUUAUAGGAAUGAGAACUCAGCCUCAAAAGCUUACUAGGAAGUGUGAAGUCACAGCCAUUCUUGUUCUUUAUGGUCUUCCAAGAUUACUAACAGGAGCAAUUCUUGCCCAUGAAUUGAUGCAUGGUUGGUUACGUCUUAAAGGCUACAGAAAUCUUAAUCCUGAGGUUGAGGAAGGCAUCUGUCAAGUACUUUCAUACAUGUGGCUGGAAGCAGAAGUCCUGCCAGGAUCCAGAAACAUGCCAUCUACUUCUGCAGCAUCAUCAUCAUCAACUUCAUCAUCAUAUUCAUUCUCUUCUAAGAAAGGUGGAAAAACCGAUGUUGAGAAAAAGCUGGGUGAAUUCUUCAUGCAUCAAAUCUUACAUGAUGCUUCCCCGGCUUAUGGAGAAGGAUUCAGGGCUGCAAAUGCUGCUGUCAACAAGUAUGGUUUACGCCGAACUCUGGACCACAUUCGUCUGACUGGAAAUUUCCCUUUGUAAUUCUAACAGUUGCCUGCAUGACUUUUACUUUCUUUCUUCUCUUCAUGGUCACUGGAGAUAAUUUUUCUAAAACUCCUCUGAAGGAUUGAUUAACCAACUCGUAUUAUCUUGGAUGAGUACUUUUGCCCUUGACUUUUCUUGGGGUCCUAUAAGAUACAUGUUGAAAAUGACUCUUCAUUA